GAGGCGCUGAGUGACAUGCGAGCGGCCCAGGGUGUGACAGGUGACGUGAAGAUGGCCGCGAGUGACGUCCUGGUAGCUCUGGCCCGCUCCCACUUCCACUUUGUCAUGUCGGAGCUCCAGAGCCACCUGAAGGCCAUGAGGAAGGUCCCUGAUGAGAUUGUGCUCCUCACCUUGGGCAAAAUGGCCCGCAGAUAUGCCCUGCGGUGCAUCCCCUUUGUGGGAAUGACGCUGCUCGCCCUGCGCGCCGUGCUGACCCAGGUGGGGAGCGGCGAGGUCCUGCAUGCCACUCUCACAUGUUCCCUUCUCCUUUGUCCUGCUGCAGUUCUGGAGCAAUGGUCGAAAGGAGUCCAUACAUACUUGUGCAGCUGGGAGCAAUGCCCCUUCCCUCGCAAGGGGGUGGCACAGUUCUGUGAAGCCAUUUACCCGGUCUUCCGCUAUGUGGUGGCAAAUUGGCUGGACUGCAAGGAGGAAGAGGACAAGCAGGCUGUCCUCGGGGCAGUGGCUGCCAUGCUGGGGGUCCUUCUGCAUGAGGAGCAGCACCGAGAGCAUACCUGGGAGCAGCUCCUCUGGCUCCUGCAGCAAUACAAGGAGGUCCGAGACACCUCCCGGGUCACCAAGAGCCUCAGCUAUGUCCUGGAGAUACUGGUGGGAGUUCAGACCCCAAUCCCGCAGAGCACGGCUCUUGCCAUCAGCACCGCUGUGCACCGCCAGCUCUCUGAUGUGACCAAGGAGCCUGGCCUGGCCCAGAAGGCAGUGCUGUCCCGCUGCAUCAUGCUGCAGGCACGAAUGCGCCCUGAGGAGACAGGCAUGUUUCUGCACUCCCAGCUGAGCGGUGGGAGUGAGGCCGGUCGCGUGGCAGCCCUGGGCCUGCUGGGAGUGCUGGCCCACUCUGACGCACCUGCGGCGAGAGGGAAGCUGCCCCAGGUGGUGGAGGCCAUGUGCUCGUUGUGCAGUGACCCCAGUGCCCAGGUGCGGAGGGCAGUUCUGGAGUUCAGCAGGGAGCUGCUCAGCUCCGGAUCCCAGAGCUGCUGGCCAUGGGAUGUGGUGGGGCACAUCUUCAGCGAGUUCAGCCGGACCUCGGGCAGACUGGUGGCAGGAGGCCUUUUUGCCUGGGAAAACCCAGAGGAUAAAGCAAUUCGAGCCCUGUGCAUGGACAUCCUGGGCUCCCUGGACGUCACUCUGAGAGGGAUGACCAAACUCCUGUGGCCGAGGCUGCUGCAGUACGUGGUGCCAGCCCAGUACAGCGGCAUGCUGAUCCCGCUCUCCCGCUGUGUCCGAGCCCUGGUUGAGAGACGGGAGAGAGCGGGGUGCGAGGAGGAGGAGGAGGAGCCGGAUGCCAUGGAAUCCCAGGAGCAAGGUAGGAGCCCCAGCGAGUGCUGCUGCUGGGUUUGGCCAGGGGUCAGGCCAGCCCGCAUCUCCCUGCGCCCCACCAGCCCUGAGCAGGAGCCCAGGAAAAGCAAAGGGCAGAGACAGGCUCUGCUGCUGGGCACGAGGCACUCUGCCCUGCGUGGCCCCUUGCCCGGCGCAGAGGCCCGGCUCUCCUGCUCGCAGCGCUCUCCUGGUGAGCCGGGGCUCGCUCCUGGCCGUGCUGGAGCUGCCUUCAUCUCCUGCUGGGCAGCCCUGGGGAGCCCCCCAGCCAGUGCUAUUGCAGCGCAGCUGCUCUCAGCCCUCAGCCCUGUGUGGGGCUAUCGGAGGUGUGAGGCUCGUCGGCUCAGCCAGCCUUUCUGCCUCCCCACAGCCCGGCUGCCGGCUCCCCAGGCCCUGCUGGCUCGACUGCUGGUGGUGGCGGCAGCUCCUUACCCGAGCCGCGAACGCGCAGUCGCUGCCUUGCAGCUGCUGCAGGCCCUCCACGGCAGGAUCCACAGAGGCUUGGGGGUGGCGUGGGCGACCGAGAUCCCCCUCCUGCUGCAGUACCUGGAAGGCAGAACUGAGAGCUCCCUGGCCUCUGCAGAGUGGGAGCGCCGUGUGCUUAAGUUUCUGCGAGCGUCGCUGGAGCCCGUCGAGGACGAGGCCUGGACCGUAGGCCUGAGCCAGGAGCUGAGCCAGCGGCUGGGCAGCUCUGCUGCCGGCUCCUGGGAGAAGCUUUUCCUGUACAAGGCUCUUGGGACGGUGCUGGCAGCUUGUCAGGACCUCAGACACGUCCAAGGGCAGGUGCUGAGGUUCCUGCGGGACACAAACCCUGUGGAGCUGUCUGAGGCCAAGGGAAUGAUUUCUGUUGUGUCCCACGCUGCCGAGAGCCACUUCCACCUGGUCCUGGGCACGGUGACUAUGUUCUCUGCCACUUUCACCAGAAACUGGUCCUACCAGGCUUCCACGGGCUGGAAGGUACAGCGGCGGCAGAAGAUGGAGAGAACCCAGACCAUUCGUGCUGCUCUCAUGCGCACCUACGGCGGCAUCGCACUGCACGCCCCCAAGGAGCAGCUGCUCACCUGUGUGGAUAAAGACAUCAUGGGCAACAUCCUGAGGCUGUCCAGAGAUAAACAGAGGGUAGGAGCACAGGGCGCACCUCCCAAGGAGGGGUUUGUCCUCAACGUCCAGAUGCAAGCCCUCCGUGGGUUCCCCCUGCCCAUGCUCCUCUUCCACCUCUCAGCCCUUCAAAGAGUUCAAGGGGUGCUUUGCUCUCUUUGGCCUCAGGACUUGCAGCUCAAGCUCGCCCUGGUGCAGAGCAUCGCCGAGGUCAGUUGUGCCAUCCAGGCUGUGGGCGACUGCGGCAGCUUUGAGCUCUCCUUAAAGCAGGAGGCGACGCGGACCCUGCUGGCCUGGAUAAAGAGGGAGCCCUGGGACUCGCUGGUGUAUGGAGUGUUUCAGGCUCUGGAGGAGUUGAGGUGUCUCCCAGAAGAAGGGAGCCCCAGGGGUUCCUUAACCUGCUGGUGGGGGUUUGCCUGCUGCCUGGGAGGAGCCACCCUGGAGAGGGCUAGUAAAUCCCCUUUCUGUUUUGUCUCCCUUUUUCCUCUGGCCAGCAAGCUGAGGCCGCCUCUGAGCGGGAAGGAAAAUCGCAACCUGCUGGCAGUGUGCUGCCAGAGUGUUUUGUCCCAUCCUUCCGAGGAGCGGAUGAAAAAGGGAAGGAAGAGUGUGAGGGCAGCUGUGAACAUGGAGCUUCUGCACAGGAGAGGCAUGGAAGAUCUGGGCCACCUCAUAGAAACCCUUCUGGAGGCUGAGGCGACCUCUGCCUGCUUUGACGACGUGGUCCACGUCCUGAAGGGCUGGCUCACCUCAGCCAAAGAAUGGGAGCGGGAGAGAGCCCUGCAGGUUUUCACCCACGUGCUGGGCGCUUGCAAGGAGCGAUGCGAGCUCAUGAGAGGAUGUCCCUACAAGCACUUCGGCUCCCUGGUGGGACUGCUGGGGUCUCUGACCAGCGACUGCCUGGCCACGUGCCGCCAGAGGGCAUGGGUCUGCCUUGGCUACCUUCUCCAAAUGCAAGCCAAGAGAAUGAAGGUGCCGCAGACAGAUGAGAUCUGGUGCCUUUGUGAGGAGCUGAACAGCCCGCACACCGAGACUUCGGCAGAGACCUGUACCGAAAUAACAAAGGCUGUUUGCAGAUGCAUCCCUGCAGCACAGGCUGUGGACUUUCUGACUGCCGUCCUGGGCAGCUUGCUGCAUGUCAUGCCCCCAUGUGCAAGAGCAGUGUGGAAGUGGGUGUUCGUCUUCCUGGUGGAAUGCAGAAAGGAAAUAGUCCAGGAGGUGCCAAAAAUCUUGGACACCCUUUACAGCUACAUGCAGCAGAGCACCCACAGUGCCCUUCCUGCUCCAUGCAGUGUUUCUCCUCACCCGCUUUCACCAGGAGCCCGUAAUCAGCAGUCUCCUCCAGAAGAGUCUCUUCAUGGACAGCCCAUUGCAGUGACACGGUGGAGCUGUGGGAGGAGCCUGGGGAGAAGCAUCCUUGGGAUUCGGAUCCUGAGGUGCUUAGCGGAGAAACUAAACAGAGCAGGAAACGACCGCCCGGGGACGGGCUCCUCCACUUGUGAGCGGCACGACCGUCAGACUGCUCUGGAGACUCUGACGAUCACCUGUGCCAUCUCCGAGGUGGUGCUUGCCCUGAGGAGCACGGAGGAGCUCAGGCAACUGCUUCCCCACCUCCUUCCCAGCCUCCUGAGGUGGGCCAGUGAAAUGCUGGGUGAGGAGAGGCUGCUUUUGCUCAUGAGCAGCUGGGGAGAACUGUUCCUCGAGUGCCAAAUGCACGUGGAGAAGCCGUGCAGGGUUUUCCUUUCAGCUCUAGAGUUGGUGCUGGGCAAAUGCAUGGCGCAGAAAUGGAUGCAGCUGCUCGUGAAUUGGGCAGUGUGGGCUCGCCUGGAAGACCCCCUGGCUUACCCUGAGGGGGUGUGUCUCCUGAGCAGGACAAACUCCAGGAAGGAGAGAGUGCUGCAGAGAAAGUGUUUGGAGGUGGACACCUUCUGGUCCGUCCCCACUGUGACUGUGGACAUUACCAUCAUCAUCUUCCUUCUGCACGCCAUCAGGAUGGCCAAGGAUAUCCCCAUUCCCCCUCUGGACCUCAGCUGA